ACUUCCGCCCCCGCCCAGGCGCAGACCGGCUGGCAGGCCCAGGCAUGGCGGCCUUCGUGCUGCUGAGGCGAUGCGCGCGGAGGGCGCCGGGGCUGCCCCGGCCGGGCUGCGGAGAGGCCGCCGCGGCAGGUCAUUUGGAGAACCUUGCUUGUCUUAACUGUUCCUCCAUGAGGCUAAUAAAAGACAUGUCUGCCCGUUUUAAAUAUUGCACUAAUAUCUCACCUUACGUUUAUUGUACAAAAGACAGCUACACUUGGACAAAAGAAGAAAGGCAGGGGGCAGCCCUGAGAGCGUUUGACUCCCUGCGGCCCUCUCCCCACAGAGGAGUUUCAGGGCCUUGUUGGGUUACAGUGAGGAACUGGCAUUCUUCAGCAUCCAGAAAUGAUGACUCUGUAGUAGAAAAAUCACUCAAGUCCCUGAAAGACAAAAACAAGAAGUUGGAAGAAGGGGGCCCCAUUUAUAGUCCAGCAGUGGAAGAAACCAUCGUUAAAAAAUCCAUUGGGCAGAAGAUUGUCGAUGAGGUGAAGCAUUACUAUCACGGCUUCCGGUUGUUGUGGAUCGAUUCCAAAAUUGCCGCCAGAAUGCUCUGGCAGAUCCUUCACGGCAGCUCCAUGACCCGCCGGGAGCGCAGACAGUUCCUUCGGAUCUGUGCCGACCUCUUUCGCUUGGUCCCUUUCCUCGUCUUCAUUGUGGUUCCCUUCAUGGAAUUCUUGCUUCCUGUAGCUUUGAAGUUGUUCCCCAAUAUGCUUCCUUCGACAUUUGAGACAAACUCUAAGAAGGAAGAGAGGUUGAAGAAAGAACUGAGAGUAAAGCUUGAGGUGGCUAAAUUUCUUCAAGAUACUAUUGAAGAGAUUGCCUUAAAAAACAAAGCCGCUAAAGGGAAUGCUACGAAGGAUUUCUCAACCUUCUUUCAAAAGAUACGCGAGACUGGUGAGAGGCCAAGCAACGAAGAGAUUUUACGAUUUUCUAAACUGUUUGAGGAUGAGCUGACCCUGGACAACCUCACAAGGCCCCAGCUGGUUGCUCUGUGUAAACUUUUGGAACUUCAGUCAAUUGGAACAAACAACUUUCUUCGCUUCCAGCUAAUAAUGAGACUGAGAAGUAUCAAAGCGGACGAUAAACUGAUAACUGAGGAGGGCGUGAAUAGCCUGACGGUAAAAGAGUUGCAAGCGGCCUGCCGAGUGAGGGGCAUGAGAGCCCUCGGCGUCACGGAGGAGCGGUUAAAGGAUCAGCUGAAGCAGUGGUUGGACUUGCAUCUGAAUCAAGAAAUCCCAACUUCCCUGCUUAUAUUAUCCAGAGCGCUGUACCUCCCAGAAACUCUGUCUCCGGCUGACCAGCUGAAAACGACUUUGCAAAUUCUCCCUGAGAAUGUGGCGAAGGAGGCUCAGGUGAAAGCAGCAGAAGUGGAAGGAGAAAAGAUUGACAAUAAAGCCAGGUUGGAAGCAACUCUUCAAGAAGAGGAAGCCAUCAGGAAAGAACACCAUGAGAAAGAGCUGGAAAAGCUUUCCGAAGCGGCUGAAAAAGCCAAAGAGACUCUUCACGCUGCGGAAAGGGAGGUGAUAGUAGAUCUGGAUUCCUCAGCUCUGAACAAAGUCUCUCUAGAUGCCACUGCUGAACGAGAACCGGCAAAAGUGAAUUUAACCCUGCAGUCAGAGGUUUUGAAAGAUACGGCCCCGGUAUUGGAAGGCAUGAAGGGCGAAGAAAUAACAAAAGAAGAGAUUGACAUGCUAAGCGAUGCUUGCUCUAAACUGAAGGAACAAAAGAAAUUGCUGACAAAGGAGAAGGAGGAACUGGAGGACCUGAAGGAUGACGUGCAGGAAUACAGCGAGGAUUUGCAAGAAAUCAAGGAACUAUCUAAGAAAGGACCAGAAGACAUAGUUGAAGAAUCCAAAGCCAGCAAGAGGCUGACUAAAAAAGUGAACCGAAUGAUUGGGCAGAUCGAUAGAAUCAUUCAGGAGUUGGAGACAGACCAAAAACCAGUCGGAGAACAGCUGAGCGGGGGUCCCAGUCCUCCCAUUGGGCUGCGUUUCCCAUUUAGGGAGAACCUCAUCAGCAUCCAGGAUCUUAUUAAUGUGAUGAAGCAGCUCCAGGAAAUCCCCGAAGGCAAACUCAACAAGCUGGCUGAGGCGCUGGAUGAGAAUAAGGACGGCAAGAUCAACAUAGAUGACGUGGUCAAGGUGAUUGAAUUGAUUGACAAGGAGGACAUCGAUAUCUCUACCAAGCAAGUAGCAGAGAUCGUAUCGCUGCUGCACAAGGAAGAAAAAGUGGAAGAGAUUGAGAAGACCAAAGAAAGCGCAGAGAAGGAAGCGGCAGAAGUGAAGAACUAGCCUAUGGUUCAACAGUUGAAUGGAAGGCGGCCUCCUGGGUACCUUAGUCAGCACUUAGUAACGGUGAGAUGAAGCACCCUGGUAGUUUUCCAACUAAUCAAAGAUACAGUAAUUUUUGGACCCUGGGGAGACAAAGGAUCAUUCCAUGAAAUAGAAAGCGUUCCGGGCUUCUAAGAAAUCAACCCAUCUUCUACAGUGAUGCUGGUUCUUUGGCCUGGUGUGUUGAUUCCGUCUCUUUGUGACUGUGACGGUUGUCAUGUAAAUCAGAAAAUUCUUUGCAAUGCACAAGGAAUCACUUCUCCUUUUUAAACUAUGUUACAUUUGCUUGUCAUGGAGAUGAUAAUGUUUUUCUUCUUGGGAAAGUGAAAAUCUCUACUGCAAAAUCUCCAAUACUGAAACCACUCAAAAAUGGCUAAAUCCAGGUGAAAAAUGGUUUAUGAAAAUCUUGUAAUUAUUUUAUGUUAAUGUGUAAAAUUGCACUGCAACCAUAAUUUAAAAAAAUCAAAAACCUUCUCAAACAUUUUUAUUCGGCUCAUUGUUAAAAAAGAGAAAAAGUUAAUAUUGCACUAUUUAGCUAUCAAUACACAUCAUUUUAAAAAGGGUUUAAGUUAUCCCUCUAUAAUCCCAUUGAUCUUUCUCUCAGUUUUAUCCAUUUAUCUAGUUUCACUUAUACAGAAUCUGGACUCCCAGAGUUUGCAGAUCAGACAUCAGUUAGCUGCAAGGCGACUUUGAAAUUGUUAAAAAAAAAAAAAGUCUACCAAAUCACUGUUUAUAUAAUAGGUGUACUUUAAUCAGGAGAUUUGUUUUUCACCUUGGGUAUGAAAUAACUAAUUCAACGUACUGGAAACAUCAUAAAAACUGCCUGUAUAAUCAUGACAAUUAAAGGCUGCUAAUAAGUAUCUUCCUUAGUUUGCCUUGCUUUUGAUCUAGUCCAUUCUGCUGUGUAGUUGCGCUAGGCAGAGUUUCUUAAGCAGCCCUUUAAAGCAUUUAGGGGGACGGGGGAGGGGCACUAUGUUUUUCCGAUGGGUGGAGGUGAUUCCAAGUCUAUUCCCAAGAAUAGGGGGGGUUGAAAUUGGCCGUGUGAGCCUGAACGACUCUGGUUUCAGUUAUGAGGCUUGGGUUUGUCAGGGCUCAGAAAUGGUAUUUGCGUUGCCUUUCUUUAAUUGAGUUGCAAUAUGAACAAACACCCUGGGCCUCCCAGGUUUGGUGUCAGAAUUAAUAGAAAAUGUAUUUUAGACGCCAGUUUGGAGGAAUUAAAACCAUGACCGUUCAUCGAUUUGUCCCCAUUUUCUAGUUUUGCUGCCGCCUUAGCACUGUUGAUAGGCAAGACGCAAACUUAGCCGAUUUACUCUCACACUCCUCUUCCAGUUGUGAUAUGCGUUGGUUUUAUGGGGACGCCACUGAAGCAGCCUCUGAUGACCUGAGAAGUUCCUUUUGGGCAGACUUUAAAUACGUUUCAUUGUGUGAGGAGUGUUGGCCCACAGAAAGGGCCGUUAUUUUUUAUUGCAUGCUUAUUCCUGUGACAAAUUAGCAAAAGGGAGCACAACUGUACUGUCCAUCCAAGUGCCUCCUUUGGAUCCAAGAGAAAAUCCCUAUUUGGGGGCAGAAGGAACGGUUGAGCCUUCUUACAGCUCUACUUCAUAAUCCGUCAGGUUACAGCGGCUACUUGAUGCUACAAAGUACAUUGGUCAAACCUGUGUACUUGCAUUGUUGCAGAGGAAGUGCAAAGCCACACCCGAGCGAAACACACGUCUUGUGCCUGCUUUAGACUGGAAGCAGCUCUUGGAAACAGUUGUGUGCAUGCACAACUUCUGGAGGCGUUAAAGUGUUUAAGUUCAUAGAGUAGAUACUAAGUUUCCUGUGGUCUGGUGCUCACGUAGUGUUUGAGUUGAUCCCUAUCCUGAAGGAAGCCACGGCCGUCGCUUUCCAUUCCCCGUUUCCUUUCUAGCUCCAUAUUGCUACCACUUUCCUUUGUCCAAACUUUGGCUGAUAACGUAGCAGGGAACGCAAGGAGGAGCUCUCAUUUUUGCAGUCGUGUGUACGAUUGUGUGUCUGCAGGGGCAACAGAACACAAGAUGAUGGGAGAGUGGAGCUACCCCACCUGCCUUUUGGCCAUGAUGACCCAGUUAAUCUUUUGGAAAAGAGAAGGGAGCGGCUGCAACUCAGAGAAGGGACCCUUAGUUGCUUACAAGCAUGAACUUCAGAGAAGAUCUGGAAUCUAUGAUGGUCUUGAGUGGGGAGAAGAAGACUUGCAGGCCCCCUUUCUGUCCUCUUGGGUGACUUUCAGUGCCUUUACCGAUGGUGGGAAUUUCUUCCUUCCAUCGUGAAGAAAGAGAGAAGCAGAUAAAUUGGCUUUUCAACAUUGUCACAUUGGCCCUAGAUCUUUGGUUGGCUUCUGUUUCCUUCUAGCUUCCAUAGCUUUAGCAGCAGGUUCUUCUGAGCAAAGAACUUUGCCUUUUUUUUAAAUGGGGCAGCAAGUGGUAGGAUUCUUGUUUUGCAUAUAGAAAUUGCCGCUGGAAAAAAUCCAGCCUCAACAUCAACUCUGUUGACAGCUUACGUGAAUUAACCGCCUGUCUCGAUAUAACACAGCUUUCUGCCUUUGUUUAGGAUACAUAAAGGACAAUGGACAGAUAAUCGUAAACUUUCUGUAUUUAUGGGUUGAUAAAUCCGUGUUAGGAAAAUAUACAUACUAUUAGGCAUACUUUGUACAUUGUACAUGUGUAUGGACACACACACACACAUAUCUUUUUGAUGGAUAAUGGUAAAUAUCAGUUGGAUUUAAAUGAGAAAUUGUUCAGGAUUAGUGAGCUGAAGGCAUAAAAGGGAAAAGAGAGGUUGUAUUUUCAAUAAACAUUAAUUUUCAGAAAUAAAGUCUGAGAAUCGGUAACUGGUGGUAAACUUCAGAUGCAGAAUAUUAAACAUUUGACAUUUCAUAUGGCAAACUGCAUUUACAGACCUCCCCCUUCCCUUUAUUUCUGAAAAUAAUUGCUUUUAUUUCUGUCGAGAACACAUUGUGUUAUUUUGGCAGAGGGUUUGCAGAUUUAGGCUGCCUCCGUCUCCUUAAGAGGCAGAAGGGAAGAUGAGUUUUCAUCUCAGUUCAUAUGUGGGUUGACUGGAAACCUUGAGUUAUAGAAGAUGACAGGCGAGAGCAGGAUUGGUUGGCACUAUAAGAUGGUACUUGCAGGACAGUUGAAUGUACCUCAUCUUUUGUAAUCAAAUUAUAAAUAUUUUGCCCCAGUUCAGAUGUAAAAUAAAGACUAUACUAUUCAGUUAAAAUAUAACCAAGGCCUUUCCUGGUAAAGAAUAUUCUAUGGGCCAUGUUUUGAUGUAAACUGUUGUAUUGAUAGGUACAGUUUCCUUAAAUUUUUCACGUAACUGGUUGAAUCCAGCCGUUCAAAGCUCUUUGGGUCACUUCCGAGUCCCCCAAGAAGUCCAGAGAUUUAGGGGCUGCAGACUAACGUUGCACCUUCCCUCCCUUUUUGCAGAUUUCUGCAACCAAACUGUUGCCUUCCAUCUGUAGCUUCUCUUUUUGCCAGCCAGAUGGGUUCCCUUUCUCUGUUACAGAGGCUGGGGCUGGAAUUAGGCCUUUCAGACCCUUAGGGCCCCCCCCCUCCCUCUGGGAAAGUCUUAAAUCUACAGACUUCAGGCUCCCUUCAUUUGCUGUUAAAAUGCUCUGGAUACUCACAAUGGCUGAUCAGAGUAGAUAGUCUCCCUCCCGAUGCAGUGUGUGAUUCCAUAAAUAUUGAAGGAUGUCCUAGAAAAAACAACUACUGGGUGAAUUUUGUGAUUUAAAAAAAAAGUUAAGAAAUCAUGGGGCAAACGUGCUCCUUUUAAAGGUGCAACCACUUUUUUCAACAAAUAUUUUUUAUAAAAAAUAUAUAUAGGAUCAGAAAGCCAGAUCUGAAUACUCCCUUGCCAAAAUAGAGAGAGAGACUAGAUUUUUUGACUUCAAUCAGUGAACUUUCAAGCUAAGAAAGACCCUCUUUGAGGUUUUUGAGAGCUGACUCCCCUCGCCCUAGAAGGAAACCGAGGCAAGGGGGAGGAGGGAUCUGGUUCAGCCCUGGAGGGGCCCUUUUACACUCCACUCGAUUGAUUCUGGGAGGGGCAUUGUUUCUUUAUCAAGAUUUGAAAUGGAAAUGAAUCCACAUUGGCAAAUCAGUGAUUUUAAAAAAUAUCUUAACUGGCAAUCUAAGCUUGUAGAUAAUCUACUGUAGUAGCAGAGAAAUUUCAUGCCAUUUCAUAGGUUUUAAGAAUUAGCACUAGGCGACCCAUCUUGCUUUUUUCUAGAAGGGAAUUCAAUUCUCUUUUGAAAAGAGCUUUGAACCAUUACCAGUUAUAUAAGAUCUGAGUUGAAAUACAUUUUAGUGUGUAAUGCUAGUGGUGCUUUGUGUUUAAUAUGUAUAAAAUCUUUUUAUCUUUCUAAGCUUAAAUUAUUAUAUAAAAUACAUUAUUAAAGAAAAAUAUACCAUAUUUCCUCUUUUACUGUGCAUUAUUUAUGAAUAAAAUCUUAAAUAAUAAACCUGUCGAUAUUGAUCAUGUGAACUAAAAGACAAUACUUGAUGUACAGCAGAAUAAAAAAUGAUUGAAACUUUU